GGCAGCGCGCUGAGGGGGCGGGGUUGGAGCCAGUGGCCUCGAGCCGAGCGGCGUCGUCAACAGGGAGGGAGCGGGAGACGGCUGAGCGGCGGAGAGAAGAAAGCACCUAGAGCUGAGGAGAAAUAUAGAUGGUUAUCCCCUUAAGUUCCUCCGGCGUAAAUCAGUGAUUUGUCUAUAUGUUUUCCCCUGCAUAUCGAUAAUUUAAAGAAAAUGGAAAUGGAUGAUGGGGUGGUUUACCAGGAUGACUCCAACACUAAUGUUAUGUCGGAGCGGGUGUCGGGCCUGGCGGCUAGUAUUUACCGGGAGUUCGAGCGGAUGAUCCGCAAGUACGACGAAGAUGUGGUGAAGGACCUGAUGCCGCUGGUGGUCGGUGUGCUGGAGAACCUGGACGCGAUGUUCGCCGAGAACCAGGAACACGAGGUGGAGCUGGAGCUAUUGCGGGAGGAUAACGAGCAGCUCAUCACCCAGUAUGAGCGGGAGAAAGCCCUGCGGAAGCACGCCGAGGAGGUGAGUGAGUGUCCCGGGCCGUGGCUGGAAGAACGAGAGUCUGAACUCAAGAAAGAAUACAAUGCACUUCAUCAAAGACAUACAGAGAUGAUCCACAAUUACAUGGAGCACUUGGAACGAACUAAACUUCACCAGUUGCUCGGGACAGACCUGCAGGAACCUGGAGUUCAUAACAGAAUUAGGAGAGAACCACCACGUUCCUUGGGUCUCUUUCAGUUGCCUGGAGGAGAUGUUCUUCUUACACCAGAUGCAGCAAGGGAAGGAACAGAAACACCUGGUACAGAAACCUGGAGGUUCAAUGACCUUAGCCAGCCAAGAUCCAACACCAGCCUAAAAUUGCCAGGUAUGGGUCGUGAAGUUGAAAAUCUCAUUCAGGAAAACACGCAGCUGCUGGAGACCAAAAAUGCCCUGAAUGUGGUGAAGAAUGAUUUGAUAGCUCAGGUUGAUGAACUGACAUGUGAAAAGGAUGUGCUACAGGGAGAGCUGGAGUCGGUCAGACAAGCCAAGCUGAAGUUGGAGGAGAAGAAUAGAGACUUGGAGGAAGAACUAAGGAAGGUUCGGUUAGAGGCUGAAGAAGCAAAGAGCAGAGCUAAGGAGGAUUCUGAUGAGAGUGAUGUCCCCACUGCUCAGAGAAAGCGCUUUACUCGUGUGGAGAUGGCCCGUGUUCUCAUGGAACGUAAUCAGUAUAAGGAGCGGUUGAUGGAGCUACAGGAAGCUGUACGAUGGACAGAGAUGAUCCGUGCCUCAAGAGAAAACCCAUCCAUUCAAGAGAAAAAGAAAUCGACUAUCUGGCAGUUUUUUAGCCGUUUGUUCAGUCCAUCUAGUAAUACAACCAAGAAGCCCAUCCCACCAGUCAACGUUAAAUACAAUGCACCAACCUCUCACAUCACUCCUGGCGUGGUUAAGAAGAGAAGUGGUGCGUUAUCUCAGUUACCCAGUGACAAAUCAAAGGCUUUUGAUUUCCUUAAUGAAGAUGGCAGUGAGAAUACUUCAGCCAUUCGUAGGGAGCAGAAGAGGGAACAGUAUCGUCAAGUAAAAGCUCAUGUACAGAAAGACGAUGGCCGCAUUCAGGCCUAUGGUUGGAGUCUGCCUCCAAAAUUUAAACAGGCGACAAAUGGUGGUCCAAGUGACUGCAAAAUGAAGAAUUUGCCUGUGCCAGUGUAUCUGCAACCUUUGGAUGACAAAGAUACUUACAUGAAGUUAUGGUGUGCAGUUGGUGUUAACUUGUCAGGAGGAAAGACGCGUGAUGGUGGCUCGAUCUUUGGUGCUAGUGUGUUUUACAAUGAUCUGUCCGGUUCUGAACCAGAAGGUAAUAAGCAGCAGAGAGGAUCUCAGAGCAGCUUGGACCGGUUGGAACUGGAGCUUAAAGAGCAAGAGAAGGAGCUGAAGCAUCAGGAGGAACUGUGCAGCCUAGUUUGGAUUUGUACAAGCACACAUUCUACUGGCAAGGUUGUGGUUAUAGAUGCCAACCAGCCUGCAAAGAUCUUGGACAGUUUCUUUGUCUGCAACUCUCACAUCCUGUGCCUUGCCAGUGUACCAGGUGCUCGAGAGACAGACUAUCCUGCUGGAGAAGAGAUUCCAAUGGAUGCUGAGGGAAGCCAGGCGGAAUGUGCCUCUUUAGCAGGAAGUGUUGCCAGUAACAGUUCAGCGGGAAGUGACAAUCUGUUGGGUGGGAUCACAGUUGUUGGAUGCACUACAGAAGGUGGCGCCAUACCUCCGACCCCGCGCACUCCUGCCAGUUCCUCGCCCAUCCCUGAAGGAGAGCCAGGGGAAAUUGGUACUGUGAGCAUCAGCCCUGAUGGAAGUUUGCCAGCAGCAGAAGAGGCCACGGAAGCAACAGAAUCCAAUCUAAAUCUUCCGCUGUCAGAUGAUGAUUUAACUGAUGUCAGUCAGUCUGGAGCUUACACAGAACAUGUUUUUACAGACCCACUGGGAGUGCAGAGCUCAACAGACAGCACACAGAUGUUUAAUAGACGGGAAUCCGACCUGUAUAAAGAUGGUGUAUCUGCACUUCCAUUGGAUCAAGAUCUGAUGCGUGAGGAAGCAGAGAAGAUGAGUAGCGUUCUGCCAACAAUGUGGCUUGGCGCACAGAGUGGUUGUUUGUAUGUCCAUUCCUCAGUAGCUCAGUGGAAGAAGUGUCUUCACUCCAUUAAACUGAAAGACUCUAUUCUUAGUAUUGUACAUUUAAAAGGAAGAGUAUUAGUAGCAUUGGCUGAUGGCACUUUGGCAAUCUUUCAUAGAGGAGUAGAUGGCCAGUGGGAUCUAACUAAUUAUCACCUUCUGGACUUUGGCCGGCCUCAUCACUCCAUUCGCUGUAUGACUGUUGUGCAUGAUAAAGUAUGGUGUGGUUACAAGAAUAAAAUCUAUGUAGUACAACCAAAGGCCAUGAAAAUUGAGAAAUCCUUUGAUGCCCACCCACGGAAGGAAAGCCAGGUGAGACAGUUGGCUUGGGUGGGAGAUGGGGUGUGGGUUUCCAUCCGUCUAGACUCUACCCUUCGCCUUUACCAUGUACAUACCUACCAGCACCUACAAGAUGUAGACAUUGAACCGUAUGUCAGCAAAAUGUUAGGUACUGGGAAACUUGGUUUCUCUUUUGUGCGAAUCACAGCUCUCAUGGUAUCCUGCAACCGCCUGUGGGUGGGCACAGGCAAUGGUGUAAUCAUCUCCAUCCCUCUAACAGAAACUGUAGUUCUCCACCAGGGACGGUUACUGGGUCUGAGGGCCAAUAAGGCAUCAGAGGGAUCUGGAAACCGUCCUGGAAAUGUCAUCCGUGUUUACGGAGAUGAAAAUAGUGACAAGAUCACCCCUGGCACAUUUAUACCUUACUGUUCUAUGGCACAUGCUCAGCUGUGCUUCCAUGGACACCGGGAUGCUGUGAAAUUCUUUGUCGCAGUUCCAGGUAUACCAUAUGGUGACGUUGAGCACUCGUUAGAAAAAUUAGGAGCUUGUGCAUCUGAUGGAUCCAACCAGCAGUCAGUGAGAUCAGUGCUGGUUAUGAGCGGUGGUGAGGGCUACAUCGACUUCAGAAUGGGUGAUGAGAGUGAAGAAACGGAGGAGCUCAGGGAGACGUUACAGAUUCAGCCUUCACUGGCCAAAGCAGAGAGAAGUCAUUUAAUCGUGUGGCAAGUCAUGUUCAACGAUGACUGAACGGCACAACUUCAUGACAGAAUGACUGUGUACACAAAAAUCCUUGCAUGUUGUUUUAAUUUGGUUUAUUUUUGUUUCAAUUUCUUCACCGCAUUGUGUUUGAGCAGUUCUUCACCAUGGUUCCUCGGUUUGCAUGGUGGAGUACAGAGAGCAGGAGGUAAGUAUCUCUGAGCUGCUGUCCUGUUCUUGUCCUUUCUACAGGGUCUUCCUACUGUUAAAAGACAGCGCUUGCUGAGCAUAGUCACUUCACUUCAAUGAACAUAGGCUGCCUUAGUAAAACAACAGGUGUUAGUUCUUGAGGGUUAUUUUGCUAACACUAUUCUAAAGAACUAAUUUGUAUUUGCAAUGAUUCUAAAGAAAGCUGUUUAUUUCUGUGUGGGUGUUAUCACGGUCACCAAAGGACAUUUACCCGGAGUAGCAUUCAUGUCAAUUGAUUAGUCGAGAGAGAAAGAGAGCCAGUCAAUCAGACAGUCUUGUUUUAGAGCCUUGUGGUGUUUAGAGGACUAGCAUCCAGUUCAGGUCAGUUUUCUUUCUUGCAAUUUAUUGUAGAAAACUCUGGACACACUUGACAGGGAAAGUCAACAACCUGCGCUGCACCUCAGAAUCAUUUUAUACACACUACUAAAAUGUCGUCUUUUCUCUAACAGAAAUGCUUUCAUUAUAUUGACAAUUUUGUUGAGAAAGAAACAUUGUCUCUCUAAGCAUAUUUUAAAAAAAAAUACAAAUUUUAUGGUCUGUAUUCUUUUUUGUAAGUUGACCUCUUUAGACACUUGUAUUUUAAUUGCUCUAUAAUUUGAAAACUGAAUGCUCCGGUGUUGAAUUGGUCUCUGUUGAAACCCAAGGCUUCAUUAUGGUGAGCUCAAUAGCUCAUAUUCCAGUGUAGCCAUUUCAGUAUUUAUUACCUAUUAUUAAUGAACCUUUGAGGUUCAGAAUGUAACUUUGUACAAGAAAAAUAUAUAUAUGUAUAUCAAAGAGGCUGCUGUUUUCUUGAUUGUGUUUCGUUGGCUCUGAAUGAAUUUGUGUAAUGUGGGACCCAUGUUAUCACAAAGAGAUUGGAUAUGGAUUCAUAUUGGGUUCCUUGACUUACAAUGACUGAAUAAAUUGGAUUUUAUUUUUA